UAUCUGUGGUCCAUCCAUCAUCGUUGACAUAGAUAAUGCACUUAAACUAGAUAAUCGUCGACAUCAUCAAAAAAAAGCCUAUAUUUUGUUGCUCUUCGAUAAGUCGCAGCCUUUAAAUAUACCUAUUUCAUUACCUUCAAUUUCAUUUGUAGAUUCAUAAUAUGGCUGGAUAUUCAGAGGAUCAAUUGGCAGAAUUUCAAGAAGCCUUCCAGCUCUUCGAUUCUCGUGGAGAUGGAAAGAUACAUGUCGCUCAGAUCGGAGAUGCGUUAAGAGCUUUAGGACAAAAUCCUACAGAGUCAGAUGUGAAAAAAUGUACUCUUCAUCUUAAACCUGAUGAAAGGAUAUCUUUUGAGGUGUUUCUGCCAAUUUACCAGGCCAUAUCGAAAGCACGCAGUGGCGACACUGCUAAUGACUUUAUUGAGGGUCUGCGCCAUUUUGACAAAGAUGGCAAUGGGUUCAUCUCUUCUGCGGAACUGCGACACCUGCUCUCUACUCUCGGAGAGAAGCUUAGUGAUGAUGAGGUAGAGCAACUCCUGCAGGGACAAGAAGACUCUCAGGGAAAUAUCAACUAUGAGAACUUUGUUCACCUCAUCAUGCAGGGCUGAGUUCUAGGUCAUCAUCUGCUGCAGCACUUUUAUCUGUAAACUAACCAAGUCUGUAACCAUACAGUUAGAGCCAUAAUGAGACACUGUUAACAAAAAUUCAUUAAAAUAUACUUAAACAUUCUUAUUUGGCUACAUAAAUGUAAAUUUAUAGUGAACAAAUAUUAGUAAGUGAUAGUAGAAUAUUAAGAAUAUCUCAGAAAAUUGUAGGCGCUGUGUGAACCACAACUAGACUUGUAUGCAUUUAUCAAUUAGGUGUAGGUUAUGUGAUUCAUUCUUGAAUGUUAUUCCAUUAGUUAAGUGCUGCAAUGGCAGUGUGAAUCCCAAAAUAAGCCUUUUUAUUGUUUAAGAUUUUAUGAUAAAAUUAUAAUCUAUUUAUAAUUGUAUAAAGACAAAAAGCAAAACGUAAUAAUUAAAUAUACUACACAGCA